AGCUGAGGGCCGAGGGCCGGGGGCUAGAGGCCAGGGGCCGGGAGCCGAGGGUCGGGCGGGGCCAGCCGUCCCCUGCGCGGCUCGGGGGCCCCUGGGGCCGGCGGGGGCCUCAGCAUGUCCUGUGGCGGUGACGGCCCCAGCAGCCUCUUCCCCCUGCACGCCCUGGUCUGGAACAAUGACUACCGGCAGCUGGAGAAGGAGCUGGACGGCCAGAAUGUGGAGGCCCUGGAUCCUCGAGGCCGGACCUUGUUACACCUCGCUGUUUCCUUGGGACACUUGGAGUCUGCUAGAGUCUUGCUCCGACAUAAAGCAGAUGUCACGAAAGAAAAUCGCCAGGGAUGGACAGUUUUGCACGAGGCGGUGAGUACUGGAGACCCCGAGAUGGUAUAUAGCGUUCUUCAGCACCGUGAUUACCACAACACGUCGAUGGCCCUGGAAGGUGUUCCCGAGCUGCUCCACAAGAUCCUCGAGGCACCUGAUUUUUAUGUGCAGAUGAAAUGGGAAUUCACUAGUUGGGUUCCAUUGGUUUCUAGGAUAUGUCCCAAUGACGUCUGUCGCAUUUGGAAAAGUGGGGCCAAACUGCGUGUUGACAUCACGUUAUUGGGCUUUGAAAACAUGAGCUGGAUAAGAGGAAGACGCAGCUUCAUUUUUAAGGGAGAGGAUAGCUGGGCGGAGCUGAUGGAAGUUAACCACGAUGACAGAGUUGUCACGACCGAACAUUUUGAUCUCUCUCAAGAAAUGGAGCGCCUCACAUUGGAUUCCAUGAAACCCAAAGGGAGGGAGGUGGAGAGGCGCCUCACGUCUCCCGUCAUCAACACCAGCCUGGAGACUAGAAACAUCGCUUUUGAAAGAACUAAAUCCGGAUUCUGGGGCUGGAGGACAGAUAAAGCAGAAGUUGUUAAUGGUUACGAAGCAAAGGUUUACACAGUAAACAAUGUAAGUGUAAUAACCAAAAUACGAACAGAACAUUUGACAGAGGAAGAAAAAAAGAGAUAUAAAGCUGACAGGAAUCCCUUGGAAUCCUUGCUGGGGACUGUAGAACACCAGUUUGGUGCUCAGGGGGACCUCACUACCGAGUGUGCGACAGCGAACAACCCGACGGCCAUCACGCCCGAGGAGUAUUUCAACGAAGAGUUUGAUCUGAAGGACCGAGACAUAGGGCGACCAAAGGAGCUCACCAUCAGGACCCAGAAGUUUAAAGCCAUGCUUUGGAUGUGUGAAGAGUUCCCCUUGUCUCUGGUGGAACAGGUCAUUCCCAUCAUUGACCUCAUGGCCAGAACCAGCGCCCAUUUUGCUAGACUGAGAGAUUUCAUCACUCUUGAGUUCCCGCCUGGAUUUCCUGUCAAAAUUGAAAUUCCAUUGUUUCAUGUCUUGAAUGCACGGAUUACCUUUGGAAAUGUCAAUGGCUGCAGCACUGCUGAAGAACCCGUUGCCCAGAGUGUGGACGGGGGACAUGCCGACCCAGCUUCCCUGGUCUCUAACUUUGAGGUCGAUCAGUCUGUGUUUGAAAUCCCCGACUCUUACCACGUCCAGGAUAAUGGCAGAAACAUGCACUUGCAAGAUGAAGAUUAUGAAAUCAUGCAGUUCGCCAUUCAGCAGAGCUUGCUGGAAUCCAGCAGGAGUCAGGAUGUUCCGGGGCUGCCUUCGAAUGGGGGAUUCACUAGUCCACAUCUCUACGACUCACAGUAUGAAAGGGCAAUUCAGGAGAGUCUGCUCACUAGCUCCAAUGGUCUCCGGCCCAGUGCCAUGGAGGAGGCCAGGAAUUUUGACACUGACUUGCAGCUUGCCAUGGAGUUAUCCGCCAAAGAGCUGGAGGAGCGGGAGCUGCGGCUCCAGGAGGAGGAGGCCGAGCUGCAGCAGGUCUUACAGCUGUCUCUCACCGAGAAGUAGACCCUCCCCCCCCCGCCAGCUCCAGCAGCAGGGGCCCGUGCCUGGGCCUGGCUUCCCGCCUCCUUGCUGGUGGACUACAAGGUGCAGCUUCCAGUGGGCCAUUUUCUGAGGGGGAGGGGGGUCAGCUGCCGCGUGGCCCGGCUGCGGCAUCACCGGACUUGCACCCUCAGCCCCCGUUGGCCAGCGCUGGCUCAUGGGUCACCUCCGCUAAAACUGAACCUAACCAAAAACUCUGCCAAGGUUUGUAGGUUUCUGUUUAUCAAGGAAUGAUGGGAAAAUACCACAGUCGAGGUGCUUUUAUAUGUGUGCACGCAGGCUUGUACAUGUUACACGCACACGCGCACACACACGACAUCGAUGUGAGAGCAGAAUGUGGUUUGUGGGGCUCACCAAAGAAGUGGGUCCAUUCAGAUCUCCCACCUGGAAGUGGGAUUUCUGGUCUUGUGGACACUUGCUCUGCCCACGUUCCCGGCUAAUGUUCAAAAGGAGAAAUGUGUGGCAUCUCUGAGACUUUGAUGAACUCUGUGUUGGGUCUGGAUUCGUGUCUGACCAUGACAGUCUGCCAGUCUGCUGUGGAGAGGGGGCGGCUGAGCCUGAAAAGGCGAUUCCCAUCUGACUGGUGCCUCCUUCAGCCCCACUGGCCCCUGGGGGUCACUAUUUGGUCAGCAUGUCCCCUAACCCUGUGCCCCGAAGGGGGCACCCCUAGGAAUCUUUAGCUUUGGCAGUUCACCUGUUGCAUGUGGAGGAUUAGGGCAGCCUGAAACCAAAAUAAGAAAGCUUCCAUGGAACGUGCUGUCUCUAGGGAAGGAAACAUACACCAAAGUACAUGAAGAAGUCUCAGCUGGGCCGUAUUCUGAAGGGAGAAGAAUGGAAUUAUAACUAGUAGGUCAGCUCAGUGUUGACUGAUGGCUCUUGAGCAGCCCAAGGGGAAAGUUCUAAUUGCUUUUUACAGUUCAAAUCUACAUCUUUCUGGAUAUAUAUUUUUUUAACUGACUCUCUUUUUAUUACUUUUGAAAAAAAUGAAAGAAAAAUCUUCUCCCACCAGUAGCAAUACAGGCAUCUAUUUUAACCAGGUUUUCUCAGGCCUUUUUUAAUACCUUUAGCAAUUUAACUAUUUUGUCUAACCCUUCUGUAAAUAUCCAUCUCACCACAUAUAGAGCAGUGUUGAACACAAACGACUACACUCCACACCGCAGGCCAUGUUUGUUCCUGAAGGAAUUCCUCUCAGCAUUGAAAUACCUUGACGGGCCCACCUCAGCCGCAGACUCGGCUGCCAUUCUGUGGAGUCGCCCAGGAGAUGGAGGGGAGGUGGAUGUUGGGGAUCAUUUCAGGAUCCCCCCUUUAGGGUUGCUGGCAAGAUGUUUCUAGUCACAUAGGACAAUGUUUUUUAAUGCCUUAUAAUCACCUACCUUUUUGUGUAAUUGUCCGAUUAAAAUUCCUUCUAUGCACAACAAGGCCAGUGGAGUCUACGUUGCGUUUAUCUCAAACUAUGCACCUUAUUAGUGUUUUGUGAACCUGACUUUGAACUUGGGAAUUGUUGGUGAAUGGAUGAAGGUAUUGAUCCGCUGAUGUGAAUCCUUGUGGGUCAGCCCAAUGCAGAGGGACAGCUCAGCCUCAUGGCACUCACGGAUGGGUGCAGUGCACAUAAAAUGCCACGUCUUUGGAGGCCAGUCGUCUCUCAGUAUUUCAGUUAUACUCUCAGGGCUGAUUUUUUUUUUGGCUCAGAAUUGGAGAAUAGUCCUCUACAUACCCUGUUAUGUAGAAGAAAUGCAGAGAGGUUUUGGAAGGGGUAAUAGAACUUAUUUCAGUCCUUGAAGGUGCUUUGAUUUUCUGUGUGGAAAUCCUUCCUUUUCUUCUUUCCUUCUUUCUUUUCCUUCCUUCCUUCCCCUUUUCUUCCCUCCUUGUCUUCUCUUUGCUUCUUUCCUCCCUCCCUUCCUUCCUCCCACUGAUGUCACAGUCAAAGAUCAUUAAGAGUGGUUGUGGACAAAAAGUUGAGCCCUCUGUGGUACACUCAGAGACCACCCUGUGGUGCCUCUGAGCCUGUACUGCAAGCCUUUCUGGCCCAGUGUAGGGUCUACCAGAGUUGAGUUGGCCCCCCCGGUAAAAGCCAUUGUGGUGCCUCUGAGCCUGUACUGCAAGCCUUUCUGGCCCAGUGUAGGGUCUACCAGAGUUGAGUUGGCCCCCCCGGUAAAAGCCAUUUCUCUAGCACAACAAGGCAUCAGAGGACUGUAUGGUGCAGUGUUACAACCUUGAUUAAAUUCUUACCCAAACCCAAGGUCUCCCCCCAACCCUUCUGAAGGCUUCUGGAAUAGAAUCAGUUCACCACUCUCUAGAAAGGGAGGCAACAUCCGGAGGUAUCUGCUGGCUCUUACAUAAAAGGAAAGUGGAGGUCAGGAUCAUGGCUGGUUUUACAUCUUUCUUCUAGGCUGGGAGACAAGCCUCUUUUGAAUUAGGAAAGGAGAAGUAGUUUUAAACAUUUCUUUAACGCACUGUCUCUUUAGGCCAUGCUUCAGGGGAUCUGUAUUCUUCUUGGCAUGAAUUUUCUGUCUGCCAUUGCAAAACAGAACCUGUUAACUCCCUCAUAUAGCAUUUGUCCACAUCUAGUCUUUUCAUAGCACGGGGAUCUGUUGACUUAUUUUUUAAAAAAUAUUUUGAUAAUUAUAUUUCAAUAUGAUUGUGGUUUCCUUUGUAAUCUUAUUUUGUGCACUUAAAAACAUGAUUCUGAGAAGGGGUCCACAAGUUUCAUCAGGCUGCCAAUGGGGUCCAUAACACAAAAGUAGGUUCAGAACCUCUGCCAUAGAAGAGCUGAUCAAUGUAGAAAGCCUUCCUCGGGUUCUUUUCCUGUUUUGUGGACGUACUGUUACAACAUUCGAGCCAUCCAUCUCUUGUUUUUGAUUUUUAAAUUUUGGUUUUCUCUUUCAUUAUGAUCCUAAGCAUUAUCAACCACAAACAUUUCAACAUACAAAGAACAAAAGGGGUUGUAUGUGAAACUGUAGUCGGCUUAUGUACAACUCAUUUGAAAAACUUUCUAUUAAAUUUAUCACAGUAAGAAAUGC